GGCACUGCACGCACUUGAUAUUUCAAGCAACCUCCAAUCACACUCCCCAUUGCACUCAACUUAUCUAAACCCCUCGGAGCUCACUCCCAAAACCCUCAUCCGUUUUCCCGAUUCUCGGUUUACCCGUAAAAAUGGCUGCCUCAAUCGCCCGAUCGAUCCUAACCGUUCGAUCAACCGGAGCCACCGCCUCCCUCCUCCUCCACAGAAGGUUUUUCUCUUCCACUGUCUCCAAACCUCCGUCGCUCCCUGGGCUCGCUCGACUCCGGAUUUCUACAACUCGCUCUGUUACACCCGCAUUGUCCCACACGAUCCGCUUCAGUUCUCCUACCAGAAUCAACCAGGUCCGAUGCCGAGUCAACAGGUCGGGCUCCGCAUACUCGCCGCUGAAUUCCGGGUCGAACUUCAGUGACCGUCCGCCCACCGAGAUGGCGCCUCUCUUCCCGGGAUGCGAUUAUGAGCACUGGCUUAUAGUGAUGGAUAAGCCUGGUGGUGAAGGGGCCACGAAACAGCAGAUGAUCGAUUGUUAUAUUCAAACCCUAGCUAAAGUCGUCGGAAGUGAGGAGGAGGCGAAGAAGAGGAUAUACAAUGUGUCUUGUGAGAGGUACUUUGGGUUCGGGUGUGAGAUUGAUGAAGAGACUUCAAACAAGCUUGAAGGUCUGCCUGGUGUUCUGUUUGUUCUUCCAGAUUCUUAUGUUGAUCCUGAGAACAAGGACUAUGGAGCUGAGUUGUUUGUAAAUGGAGAAAUAGUUCAGCGGUCACCAGAGAGACAAAGAAGAGUGGAGCCAGUGCCUCAGAGAGCUCAAGACAGACCAAGAUACAAUGACCGAACUCGUUAUGUCAGGCGUCGUGACAAUUCACGGUGAACAGUAAUCGUUGCUCGGUGGGAGGUCUGAUUGUAUGAUAUUUGGAUGAAUGUGUAGGGUUUUUGACAUGAUUAGAGACUCUCUGGAUGUAAUGGACCGAUAAACUAUGUCUACCCCUUAUAUAUCAGUACAUUGAUGAGUCAGAUCAAUACUCUUGGAACUCAAAGUCAAUGGUAUACCAGAAAAUGUAGAGAUAAUUGGUCUAUGCUAUGAUGAAAUGAUGUAGCUUUAUCCACCUCUCCAAAAACUUGGAGAUGAACUGGAAUCUUGACCUUCAAUAGCUCAACUAUUUGGCGAAAUGUCAGCAUGUGAUUUUUGAUGCUAGGCAUUUUAUCCUUAAUUUGACUAUGCUUUGAUGGUCC